AUGAUGUGGCAUCACUUCUGGCUGACAAAGACAUCUUAAGCGUGAGAAUUUGGGCCGACAGUUGGAGCAAAAAUGUUUUUUUCUCGCUAUUUUAUAAAACACCAGCUUCCUUCCUAUGUUAAAUUGUAGGCCAGUUGUGGCGGAAAUACGUCAGUUAGGUGGCUUUUCGCACAAGCUUGACUGUGUCUUCAUUUCAGAUGAAGGGAUGCUGGUGGAGAGAAGGGAGAUUUUAAUCACUCCUGUCGCUUUAAGGACUCUUAUCAAAGCCUUAUUAUGCGAAUAGAGAGCACCGUGAGCCACUGAGCAAGCAACCAAGGGACGGACUGGAGUGGAUUUGUGUGGAAAAGCUAACAUUAUCCGAGCUGGAAUGGACCGCUUCUCUGCCGUGAGGAGUUUGAUUUCACACUGGACAGCUGUCUGACGGAUCGUUUAGGAAAUAUUGCGCACAAGUAGCACUCAAUACUUGGGGCUCGUUUGCGCCUGACGCGCAGAGAGGAAUAUGAUUUAAAAGUCAACACAGGCGGAAUUAUUCAAGGACCUCAUUACUACGCGGUUUGUUUCGACUGGAUAGUCUUUUUUUUGACACCGGAUCAUGGAUUGGGGAGGUGGAAAAACAACAACGGCCAGCGACAUGAUUUCUCUGCGCUGUUUGCGCCCCGCAGCGAGGUUCGGCGUCGGCGCUGUCUGUAUUGCAACAAAAGUUACAAAGCGAGUCUAAUGCGUAGAUUUUAACUGUUUCUGCCAUUUUGCACCUGCUUUAGCGGAUAGCGUCCUGACACGGUGCAGAUCCGUGUUGUUUUUUGCUCUCCCUCCGCCGCCUGUGUGUGGAUACUUACACGUUUGCUUAUCGUAAUGGAGAUUGGCGAGCUAUCUACUCAAGGUCAUUGAGUGUUUAAGGCUAGAUUUACACACACAGUCAUUUGUAGUCGUUGCGGCACAACCUAGGAUUGUUUGUGAUUCCACGGUGCAGACAGACAGCGUCUCCCGCAGAGUUGUGUUUGCAUUGGUUUUGACACCCCCGAGCCCUCCCCCUUCUCUCCUCCCUCCCAACAUGGAUGGGAAAUUGAAGCAGGGUCGGAGAUGCCGGCCCAAGCGGGAAAGAGUGCGAAGGUUGCGGGAGACAACGGGGAGCGGAGACGCCGACCCCAACUCCUGCUGUUCCGACAGGGAGCGACACAGUCCGAGGAGGGACACCGCUAAAAAGAAGCCGCACCCCGCAGCGGCAGCCAGAGCCCCGCGUACCCCGAGGCGGAAGAGAAGGGAGUCCGGCUCCCAGGAGGAGGACAUCAUUGAUGGAUUUGCCAUUGCCAGUUUCAUCAGUCUGGACUGUCUGGAGAAGAAAACAGGACUUCUAAAGACACAGGAGAAGAAAGAACGGUGGAAGGAGAAAAAUGUUGUGAAACGGCCAAAGACGGAAGAUGAGGUGGUGGAGAAGGAAGAGGAGAAUGUUGAGCCUGUGAUAGAUCCACUGGAGAAUGGAUUCUUUCAUCAUGCCCAGAGAGAGCAAGAGAGGAUGAACGAGAGGCUGCUCAAGAAAACAUAUUCCAAGAAGAACAAAAUGAUCAAACCAUUGAUGUUUUGUCCGGUCAAAAUUUUCAAGGAUGAAAUGGACCUCAGUCUACCUCACAGGAGCAACACUAAGGAACUGGUGAGCGAGAGUUCCACUCACUCGCUGUCAGGCCGCGGCUACUCGGUACCGCCAGCAGCAGUGACCCUCCUCAAGUGUGACAGCGAGAGUGACAUUGACGACAAGGUGUCUGAUGUAGGAUCAGAGAGGAUCUUUUCUCACACCACACCCAAAGGUGUGCAAGCGAAUGAGAGUCCUGAGUCUAAGACUUGUAGUUCAGCCAAAGUGUCUGUGCUCCAGCGCAGCCAAGAGCAGAACAACAGUGAGGUGCCGUUUGCUCCUCCGCUGCCCAGCCCCACCCCAGCCUCGGCGCCUACGGGCUCCCCAGCCCCCGCUGCAGCAGCAGCGCCCCCAGAGCCGCCUCGAUCUUUCCUCCCUACUCCGCCUCCUCUCGGAAUCAAGAGGGAGCUCCAAGCUCCACCCCCUGUCCCUUCCCCUUCCCUGCUGAGGGCGCCACCCCAGCUCCACCCUCCUCACCUCCACUCACAGCAAGAACCCUGUCCUCAUCCACCCCCUCAGCACCACACCCGGCCGAUCAUCAGCCAUCAGGUGCACCACCCGCUGCAGUAUAGCCUUCACGAUAUAAGCCACCAGAGCGGUCCAAUUCUUCCUAAACAUCACCUCGGACCAUCUCCACACCACCCAAUCAGUGGGCUGCCAUCCUCAGCCCCCGCCUUGCCUCUGUCCAUAGCCAACCUCUCUACCUCGCACUAUUCUUCCCUGCGGAGCCCGGCACAUCGCCAUUCGGCCAUGUUUGCAACCCCGGCCACUCUGCCUCCACCACCGACCUUACCUACCAACAGCUUAGUGGUGCCUGGCCACCCUGCGGGUACCCCCUACCCAGAGCAUGACCUCCUGAGGCAAGAGCUGAACAACCGUUUCCUGGUUCAGAGUUCAGAGCGGGGCCGGGGGCCGCCCGCCUCGCCGCUGGCCCCCGUGUCGCUCCUGAGGGCUGAGUUUCACCAACACCAGCACAUGCACCAGCACCAACACACCCACCAGCAUACCUUUACGCCCUUCCCCGCCAGUCUGCCCCCGGCCGCCAUCCUCACCCCGCCCACCGCACCUCCCAUGGUGCGUACCCAAGCCAGAAAUUUUGACAAAUACACACCGAAACUCGACAAUCCGUUCAUCAGACAUCAUUCAAAUUUCUUCCCCUCCUACCCCCCUACCAUGCCAGGCAUGCCCCCACUGCUCCCACACUCAGGACCCUUCAGCUCACUGCAAGGAGCCUUCCAGCCCAAGGCAUCCAACCCCAUUGAUGUUGCAGCACGUCCUGGAACAGUACCUCACACACUUCUCCAGAAGGAUCCUCGGAUAACAGAUCCAUUCAGGACGAAUGUUAGAAAACCUGGCAAGUGGUGCGCAGUGCAUGUCCAGAUCGCAUGGCAGAUCUACCACCACCAGCAGAAAAUGAAGCAAAUGCAACUGGACCCCCACAAACUAGACAUGAAUGGGAAGCUAGACUUGUUCAGCCGACCCCCAGCUCCAGGCGUCUUCCCGGGCUUCCCAUACCCUCAUGACCUUGCACGACCCCUCUUCUCCUCUACAGGAUCAGGCCAUCCAGCCCCCUCUCCAUAUGGACCCGCCCCCCACCCCAGCGGCUUUCUGCCUCCUAGCCAUUUGGCUGGUAAGUAUCCUUUCAGUCGCUCCAGUUCCUUUGGCGGCCUCGGCAACCUUUCAAGCAGUGCCUUCGGAGGAUUAGGCAACCCCUCGCUUGGGUCCAGCAGUAUGUUUGGCAACAAGGAGGGCCCGGGAGGACUGCCCCCCUUUGGCAGCCCGCAACAUGACACCUGGAACAGACUCCGACGCACACCGCCAUCUUUUCCCACUCCACCGCAGUGGCCCAAAACUGCCGACGCUGAGAGGAGCAGCUCAGCCAAUAGCCACGAGCGAGAGAGGGAACGGGAACGAGAAAGGGAGAGAGAAAGAGAAAAAAGAGACUCCUCUAUUGGAAAAGAGGAGAAAGAUAAAGAUAGGGAUUCGGUGGAACGCAACCGCCACUCCAACCGUUCAUCUCCAGCCUCUGCGCCGGUCAGCUACCAGAUCAGCAGCUUGAUACGUUCCAACAGUCAAAACAGCGAUUCAGGACGCCAUCACAGUGGCAGCGUCGAUCGGGUACGCGAGGCAGAAAAAGAGCUACUCGAACGCCAUCGAGACUCCACCCUGGUUGACGUUAAGAUAAAAGAGAGCCGCUCGCCUGGCAAGGAGAUGCUAGAGAAACGAUCUCCGGAGGACUCCAUCAAACCAGCUCAACGUUCUCCCUCUCCUUACUCUCUGAAGACAGUGAUCAAUGAGCAGAGUUUGAAGAUGGCUGGUGGGCCCCCGCCUACACUGAAAGACAGUGAGAGAAAAGAACCUCCCAUUGGGGAACAACUCCACAAGGUGAAAAAUGACAUGAAGAUCAAGGAGGAGAGGAAGGAGGAACAGGACGUCAUGGUGGUGAGUUCCGAGCCAGCCACCCAACCACCUCCGCAGCUGCACUCGGCGACCAUCACCCAACCUGGAAACCCACACCACCACCAUCCUCCGUUGUCCCAGCAGCAUCCUCUUCCGUCCCCACGCGGGAGCGACAUCCCGGCUCCUGGUUUGCAUGGCGUCCCCAUGGCGCAUUCGCUGCCGCUUUCCAUGAGCGCCAUGCCUCAGAUGGGCAGCCUUAAUGUUCUCGAUCGGGCUCGCAUGGCUCCAUUCAUGGGGGUGAGUCCACUUGCAGGAAGAGAGCGUCUACCCCACCCGGCUUUCCCUUGGGAUCCUCUCAGAGAGGCGUACCGCAGCCUGGACCUGCAGAGGCGCAUGGACUUCCAGCUUCGAGCCGAGCAAGGACAUCGCUUCCCCAGCAUGUAUGAACAAGAACGAGCCUACCGCGAGAGGGAAGCUCACGACUACUCUCACCACGAGCACCUUCUGGAGGUACGCAGGGAGCACGAGAGGAUGAGACAGCAGGCGGAGGAGCGAGAGCGCCUCCACCUCCGCGAGGAGCUCGACCGAGCACGCCUCCAUCAGCUCCACCAAUCCCCAAUGGAAGGCCACUUGCCGCACAUGCCUCCAUUUAUGCCCCAUCUUGGGGGCAUGCCCUACCCGAGACUCAGCCCCUCCACCGGGCACAACGGCCUUCUGAACAGAACACCCCCAACCGCUGCCCUCAGUGCCCCACCGCCACUUGUGCCAGCCGGCAGUGCCAGGCCAGCCUCCCCCAGGAGGACUACACCCCUAACCACCACCCAAGACCCACGGGACUACUCCCCAUCUCGUAACCCCAAAGAGGUAGAAGCACGGUAGCUUGGUAGGAGACGCCCUCUGAACAAAAUGCACUCCUCUUCACCAGAGAAGAGCAAAGGGUAUGAUUGUAAAAAAGUGUCCGAUGAAGCACACGCCAUGAAUAUUUUUUGCAGACUUAAAGGUUUGAGCAAUGUCAAGAGAAGACAAAUAACGUGUCUGUUUAUAUCACCCGUAAAUAUUUGAUAAUUAUUAAUAUAUUAAUCAAAUAACCUUUUUUCAGUUUUAAGUGAAAAAAGAGGUUCUGAAAUAGGUUUGUACAUUUGCUAUCCUUCUUCUGUGUAUAGAUAUCAUUUCUAUAAAUUUGAUGUCAUUUGUGCAUUUGUCACAUCUUUUACAGUAUUUAUCCCCAUGGAUUGUGUCGUGUCGCUUAUGGCACAGUGUAUAGACCCAAAUUUGGACCCCCCCCCGCUUCAAUCAUUUAACUUCAUAUGGUACCAGGACGUCUUCAUUAACGACGGUGUACAGCGUUGCAUUAAUUAGUUUUGCCUCUGAGAUAUGCAGUCCGAUAUAUAUUAUUUGUUCACUCUCUGUACAGAAAGCUAAUGUAAAUAACCUGUUGAUAUCCAUUUGCUGCGAAAUGUGUAAAUUUAUUAGGCUUUUUAACCAUUUCUUAUAAAAGAAUUAAAAAAAAAAAAACAAGCUUAAGUCCGAUAUGUGUUGAAUAUUAAGGCAGAGAAGCCGGUUCAGGGGAUGUGAGCGAUGGAUGCUGGGAGGGAGCCUAGAAGGAUCAUCUGCAAUCUAUGCAAAGCAGAAAUGUCAUUCUAGAGACAUCUCCUGGAGAAGGCGUUACUGGUGAUACUGGUGAUACUGGGGUAUGCUUAUGUUGAUAUUUACCAAUGAAAUAACAAUGGAAUCAUGAAAAGACUUCCAAGUCAUAAACUGGACCAGACCCGGACAGAAAAGAGAGACGCUUUAAAGUGGACGUCGAAAGGACUUUCUCUGUCAAACCUGUGGUUAUGUGCAGUUGUUUUUCUUAGACUCUUGUAUACAAAAGAAGUAGAGUUUUAGGCGUGCAAAAUAAAAAUGAACAUUCAUGGUUUAAAAUGUACGGAAUAAAGUUUGGACCUAAUGUCACACGUUUGCUGCAUGUCCUUUGUCAUCGUGGUGUGUUCAUGGGAUAUUGAGUCAAUGUUCCAUCAGUGGGUCACUUUUCUGCUUUUGGUGCUCUCAUAGAUUAAUAAAAAAAAACCUAAAGGGGACCUAUUAGGCUCAUUUUUGGCACUUUGUAUUGACUUGUGGACUCCUAUAGAGCAGAUACAGCACAAUAACCCGCACAGAAAGCUUACUAGAUCUUCCAGAAUCUGCAGUUUUUCCGUGGACUUCCUGCUUUGUCUUGACUUGUGGACUCCUAUAGAGCAGAUACAGCACAAUAACCCGCACAGAAAGCUUACUAGAUCUU